GGUCUGCUUUAGGAAAAUCGGGUACUAUGGUUGGUUCUCAUCCUAUUAGGGUUCUUAUUUCCAAAACAGCGAUCACGCCUGUUAACCCAUAUUUCCUUCCAAAGUCUGAGGACGAGCGAGAGAAGUGUGCAAGGACUGUUUAUUGUACUAACAUUGGCAAGAUGGUCACUCAAACGGAAUUGGAAGAUUUCUUUAAAACAGCUUGUGGUGAGGUUCACCAUCUGAGGUUGCUUGGAGACUGGUACCACCAAACCAGCAUUGCUUUUGUCGAAUUUAGUCUGGCAGAAAGUGCAGUUUCUGCUCUUAAUUGCAGUGGUAUUGUCUUGGGAGGGCUUCCAAUAAGCUGAGCUUACAAAAAAACAAAAUAAGGUUAGUUAAUAAUACUUACUUAUCACUGUGAGAUUAAUAUUUGCUUUGUCUAUGUACGUGUGUGAAGGGUAAGCCCGUCAAAGACGCCAGUAAGGCCACACCGCUCUGAUGAUGUUAACUAAAAGCUAAUCACUCUGAGAUUCUGUUGUUCGGCAGGCUGCUCGGGUAUCUUUGAACUAUGAACUAUCAGUAACUUAGGCUAAUCUUUCUUCUUCUUCUUCUAUAAAUUUAGAACCAAACUGAUCUGUUUUUUUUCUUUUUUCUUUUUCAAUUAUUUUAAUCUCUGGGAACAUCUUUUUGGUUAUCUUUAUAUAUGGAUCAUUUUAAGACCU